GCAGAAUGAAUAAUGACAUACAGUUGAAAAGUGUUACCCACAGAAACAGACAUGGGGUGGACAAUCCAGGAUUUCAAGUGGAGGAGGAAAAGACGUCAAAUCACGAGAGUGAAAUUGCAGAGGAGAAAUCAAAAGAGGAGUCGUUUGUAAGUAAAGUAUUCAAGCCCAUCACAGCCACAGAAAACUUCCUAAAAGCACAUUCUACAAUUCUCAAAUACAUUGCCCUGGGAAUACUUGGCACAGGCUAUGUGGCAUACUUUAUUGCUGCUUGCUGGAUGAACUUCCAGAGAGCCAUUGCUCUCGUUGUUCUUACCUGCUUGGCAGUGUUGUCCAUAAUGUACGAUCUUGUGAAGAAGUACAAAGGAGAGAGUAUAAAGCGCUUCUUCAAGCCUGCUUUGAGAAUGUUUAAAGCCAAUAUCAGCUGGAUAAAAUGGGUGUUUGUUCUAGUGGUGCUGGGUCUGCUGGUGGCUUGGGUGGUGGUGGACACGAGCAAACGGCAGGAACAGCUUGUCUCCUUUGGUGGCCUCUGCUUCUUCAUCCUUGUCUUGUUCAUCUUCUCCGUGCACAGAUCUGCGGUGUGCUGGAGGACGCUUUUCUGGGGUCUUGGUUUACAGUUUGUCAUUGGCCUGUUUGUCAUAAGAACAGAGCCAGGUCUUAUAGCUUUCAACUGGCUCGGCGCUCAAGUAAAGACAUUUUUGAACUACACCAAUGCGGGCUCAUCUUUUGUAUUUGGCAGUCUGGUUGAAGCAGGAAUCUUUGCAUUUAAGUCUUUGCCUAUAGUGGUAUUUUUCAGCAGUGUUAUGUCGGUCCUCUACUUCCUUGGAGUGAUGCAAUGGGUUAUCGUUAAGAUUUCCUGGAUUAUGCAAAUAACUAUGGGAACUUCUCCAACUGAGUCAUUAAGUGUUGCAGGGAAUAUAUUUGUUGGGCAGACAGAGGCACCACUACUGAUUCGACCAUAUCUGAAAGACAUGACCAAGUCGGAGAUCCAUGCGGUCAUAGUUGGAGGUUUCGCCACUAUCGCUGGCAGCGUGAUGGGAGCUUUCAUUUCAUUUGGGAUUGAUGAGACGUCUUUGAUCGCUGCGUCUGUGAUGGCCGCUCCGUGUGCCUUGGCCAUUGCUAAACUCUCCUACCCUGAAACGGAGGAGAGCAAGUUCAAAUCUGAUGAGGGGAUCAAAGUGGAAGUCAGUGGUGAACAGAAUAUCCUGGAGGCAGCUAGCGCGGGAGCAUCUGCGUCGAUUGGGCUGGUGGCUAACAUAACUGCUAACUUGAUUGCGUUUCUUGCCAUUUUGGAUUUCAUCAAUGCAGCUCUGAGGUGGCUGGGCGGCAUGGUUGGAUAUCCGGACGUCACGUUUGAGCUCAUCUGCUCAUAUGUGUUCAUGCCAGUUGCCUUUAUGAUGGGAAUACCAGUAGAAGAGUCCUUAACAGUGGCUGAACUUAUAGGAACAAAGCUCUUCCUCAAUGAAUUCAUAGCUUAUGAGAAGCUGUCCAAACUUAAAAACAACCGAUUAAAUGGAAUCACAGAAGCUGGAAAGUAUAUCUCAAUGAGAUCAGAAAUCAUCAGCACCUAUGCUCUGUGCGGCUUUGCUAACUUCAGUUCCCUUGGAAUUGUGAUUGGAGGCCUAUCAUCCAUUUGUCCCUCAAGGAAAAGUGACAUCUCUGCUGUAGUGCUGAGAGCCUUGUUUACAGGCACUUGUGUUUCCCUGAUUAAUGCUUGUGUUGCUGGUAUACUUUUUGCUCCUCCACUGGACUGCAUAUGGGUGUUUGAGAAUUUUAUCUUUAACACCAGCAAUGCUGAAAUUGAAACAUGCUGCGAAGACCUUUUUAAGAGUGUGGUGAACAACAGAACCAAGGUUUCUUUUGAGGGGUCUUGGAGUUCAGUGAAAAAUGCUACCAUUUACUUCACUCAGUGUUGUCAUCUCUAUAAUCUCCAUAAUGAAACUGUGUGCAUGUAGAACCUCAGAGCAACAUUUUGCACAUGGCUCAUUUAAAGAUUAUUAAGAUUUUUUUUUUAUUAUACUAGGGGGGGCCUUCAGAAUACUUGGUAACCUAUGUAAAGAUGGACAAAAAAAGACUAUGAAAAAUGAUUGUUUAUUACCUUACGCUGAAAAUAUGAGACAAAUAUUUGUCUAAUCAGACAAUGUCUUAAAAUGGUUUCACACGCCGAUGUUUCAAACAAGUUGAGCUGUGAUGAACCUACCUGGACAAUGAUGCAAGGACAUUUGCCUCACCCGCCAGGCAUAGUGAGGAGUACAAUUUGAAAGGCCAGAUUUUUUCCGAGGAUCACAGUUGCACCAUUGCUGGUGUCAUGGUCUGGUUGUCUCUGCCAUUCAUUCAGGGUGACUGGAUCUUCUGACAGGUCAAUGGCCCAAAGUCUUCUCCCUUAAUGACACUAAAUGGUUCCUUGACCACUGAAUCCAGCUAUUUCAGUGGCCAUACCAGUCCCUUGCCCUGAAGUCUAUUGAACACUUGAGCUGAAGAGUACCAUCCCCAAGCAAAAACAGGACACUGAAGGAUCUAGAAACAUUUUGUGUGUGUCUCACAUUCUUUUAUAUGUGUCUUCCCACCUCAUACCGUAUUAUACAAGAAGGUACACAAAGCACUAAAUGCAGAAAUGGCAAUGAUAAGACACUUAAACAAUACCAAUACCUGUAACAUGCAUGCUUUCAACCAGGCUGAUAAACAAAUUUUCAUGGCUUUUUUUGCUUAUCUUUACCAAGGGUGCUUUAGCUCAGGAGGGCUCCUUAUAUUAUACUUUAUAAGGUCUUGAAUAUGUUACAUUUGACAUAGUGUAAUGUAUUUGAAUUAAUAUUUGUAAUAUUAAUUCACCAAUGAAUAAUGCACCAACAAACUAAUGUAGACUACAAAUCCUUUACAUUAGUCAUAGAAUAGAAUAAUUGAAAACUAAGCAAACAGUAAUAAAUGUUUAUGAAAUUUUGUGAUUUCAGCUUUGAUUGUUUGCAAUGACAUAUAGUUAAAUGUCAGUUUCAGUAGAUUGAAAUGAUUAACUAUUAGACUGUAAAUAAUAAAUA